AUGCACCUCUAUUUGCAUUUGUGACCAAUUUUUAAUUAUUGUGUAUAUUUAAAGAUUUUAAAAGGAUUUGUUUCUCUGUAUUAAGUUAAGCAAUUGACAAGUUAUAACUGAAAAAAUCUAGAUUGAAUUUACGAAAAGAUGGCGCGUGCCCGGUCUCCCACCGCCGAUGGCGAAAAGGAAAAUAAAGAGAAAGACGUAAAAGAGAAGGACGCGAAAGCCGCCACGAGCAGCACUUCACGCAGAGAUCGAGAGCGCAAACGACGCGGCUCUGCUUCCUCGAGCAGUGACUCGAGCAGAAGCUCUUCUGGCAGCUCGUCAUCGAGAAGCAGUUCCGGUUCAGACUCGCGAUCCAGCUCAAGCAGUUCUAGCGACUCGUCCAGCUCUUCGUCCUCAUCGAGUGAUUCUGACCGCAGCGAAAAAAAUCGCCGUCGUGGUGGCGGCGGCGCUAGUGGUGGUAAGGAUACUUCUCGCUCGCCACGAAGGACUACCAAAUCUCCACGCGGGAGCAGUAAGUCACGCAAGGAAUCCGAACGUGAACGCACGGAGCGUGAACGAGAUCGCGUACAGCGCACACGAACACGGUCCAGGGAUCGCGCACGUCGUUCGUCUAAUGACCGGUCUGGAGCUGCUGCCGGCAGCGAAACUAACAAUGUGAAACGAGAUCGCUCACGCUCAGCCAGUCGCUCACGCUCGCCACGUCGCCGUGGACGCGGCUCUGUGGAUAAAACACCGCCGCCCAAACGCCGUGAGCGUUCUCGUUCCCGCAGCCGUACUCGUUCGCGUUCUCCCACUCCCAAGCCGGUGCGCAUACAUGUCGGGCGGCUAACGCGCAACGUGACCAAGGACCAUGUAAUGGAGAUAUUUGGUAGUUUUGGCUCAGUUAAGAAUGUAGAAUUUCCAACGGAUCGCUACCAUCCGAAUUUUGGACGUGGCGUCGCCUAUGUAGAAUAUGCGACGGCUGAGGAAUGCGAAUCGGCUAUGAAACACAUGGAUGGCGGUCAAAUUGAUGGACAGGAAAUAACUGUAUCGCCUGUUUUAGUGCAGAAACAACGGCCGCCCAUGAGAAGACCAUCACCACAAAUGCGUCGCCCACAAGGUGGACGUUGGCGCUCUUCGCCCCCUUUCAACCGCUUUAAUAAUCGCGGUGGCGGUCGACGCAACUCACCUCGCCGACGCAACUCGCCCAGGCGCCGCUCUCGAUCACCCAUACGUCGUCGUCGUCGUAGCAGCUCAGACAGCUCCCGUUAAGGGGUCAAAAUACGAUAUG